AUGAGUUCUUACAAUACAUUCAGUCAGUCUUCUAGUUAUUUAGAUCUUCUCAAUAGUCAAGGAGAGUCACUUAACGAAGACAACUCUCCUUACGAAAUACCUCAAUGGAACUCUCAACAAUCCCCGGAUGUACCUCUUUCUCAAGAGGCACCUGUCAGGAAGGAUAGGAAGAAGUGGAAUCCGGCUGACGAUGAAAUUUUGAUCAGUGCGUGGUUGAAUACUUCGCAGGACCCGAUUAUUGCUAAUCAACAGAAGGGAGGAAGCUUUUGGCAAAGGAUUCAAAAAUACUAUACAAAGUCUCCUCAUGCUAUAGCCAACGGUGAACAGGGGCUGAACAUAAACUGUAAACAGAGGUGGUUCAAGAUCAAUGAGUUCACUAACAAGUUCUGUGGGGCUUAUGCAGCUGUAGAGAGACUAAACAGUAGUGGACACUCUGAGAACGAUGUGCUGAAGGUGGCUCACGAGAUAUACUUCUCUGACUAUAAGACGAAGUUUACAAUGGAGCAUUGCUGGUGUUUGUUAAGGUUUGAGCAGAAAUUCCUUAACCAAAACGCGAUUAACACCCCCUCACCUUCAGUCAGAACAAAGAGGAAACCAGUUGGUGCAGCUGAUCAAUCCGAGGCAACCCACACUGAACAAGACUCUGAGAUAAGGCCUCAAGGUAUCAAGGCUGCGAAGGCUGACAGGAAGAACUCUCAGGGAAAGGCUCUUGCUGAGUACACGAGCAUGUGGGAAGUCAAGAGGGUGGAUAUGGCUGAAAAGGAGAAGCUACAGAAGCUUGGCAUACUAGACACACUUCUUGCCAAACCGGAGCCACUUAGUGGAGCUGAUCAACUUAUAAAGGAUAAGAUAGUGGUUAAGUAUCUGAUGGGCCAUGACUACAGCUACUCUCAGCCUGAUUCCUCAGAGGAGUAUGACAGAUAUUCGCAGGACACUGAGCAGAGGGAAAUAGAAGCUUUGAUUCGGAUGGAUGAGGCUGAGAGUAACUUACUCAAUACUCAGGCGACUCAACCCUCCCCAACCUGA